AUGUAAUAAUAAUAUUUUAGUUUAAUGAGUUAUUCUAAUCUAUCUCCUUCAAGCCAAUCGAGUGAUUCUAAUUCGUAAAGGAAUAAAAAGAACAUUGUGAAUUUUGAUGUAAUCCAUGACCCUGUUUUGGAAAAAAAUAAUGGUAACAUUCAAAAGAAUGGCAGAGCAUCUUUAAAGAAUUAAAAAAUGUAGAACAUGGUCAAAACAGUCAACAAGUAUUUAGCAACAUAUGAAAUUUAUUUAAAGCUAUUGCUUGGAAGAUAAAUAAAAAGUAAAGAUGAAUAAAGAAUGAAUUAUAAAUUUGGUCGAUUCAUUGGGUAGAUUGAUGAAAAUAUCCUUCCGGAGGCAGUAUUAAAGUUUCCAAAUCCUGAUUGUUCAUAAUGCGAAUAGUUAGAGAUUAUGCCCCCUAUUGAUGCUAUCCUCUUUAUAGAAAAGGUUCUUAAAUUGGACAUGAAGAAGAUCGACAAUUAAAUAUUUAUGAAAGCAAUUGAAGGAGUAUUUACAAAGCUGAGUCCUUACUUGAGAAGAAGCAAAAGUAGGUUUGGAUUCAAGUAAAACUCAAAUUUGAAAUCAGAGACAAUUCUCGAAUAGAUUCCAUUAGAUUAAGAAAAUAUCCAAACACCCUUUGAGAGCAUCCAUCACAGACAAUGGUAUAGAUCUUCAAGUUAUAAAAAAAUGGAUCCCCUAUCUAUUUUACUUUUGUAAAUGCAAAACAAGUUGAUGGGGACCGAAGCUGUAAACUUGCAAUAGUAUAAACAAACGGACACUUUUGAUAUAGAUUAUUCUGCUAUUAAGGAAAUGAAACCCAAAAUAAUGUAAGGAGGAGGUUAUUUUAUAAAUGUGAAUGGGAAAUGGCAUAGGAGUCACGAAGAUACCAAUGAUGUACUUACAUUGAUUAGAUAAAUCAUGCUAAUAUAAAUCAUGAUGGGUGGAUUUAGUGUAAAAAGUUGUAUUACAGAUGAUGGAAAGUAUAUUUUAUGUAGAUUAUAUGCUCAUGAAGAGAAUCUUAAAAGUUUGGCAGAAAGGUAGAAACUUAAAAAGAAGUUGAAUUUUUGGUUUACAGAUCUGUUUUCUUUGGAACCAGUGGACAAUUGUUUCAGGCCAUUGAGAUUGAAUAAUAGAAUAUGGAAACCAAUUGAUUAUGAUGACGUUACAGAGAUGUUUUUAUAUCUGAGACCAAAAAUAAUCAAAUUGUUAGAUGAAAUCAAUUUCAAAAGAGUAUCUAGAGAGACUAAUCAAAGUAGGAUCAAUGGGUAGUUGUUUUAAUAUGGGAAAAUGGAUUUGCAGGAUGAUGAAGAAUAGCCAACUGAUGAGUAAUGGUUUGCAUACUAUUAAUAUUUAGUUCAUUUAGAGAAGGAGAUAUCAAAACAUCGGAAGCAUUUUAAGAUUGAUAGUGAUGUUGCUGCCAUCAUUAAUAAAUAAUUAAAGCCAUAUGAUUUAUAUGUUAUUAGAAAUUAGAGGAAGGAGGAAAUAAAAAAACUGAAUAAAAAUAACAUCAAAGAGGAAGUCAACAGAUAUCAUUAAUAAGAAAUUAAGAAAAUAUAAUAAAGAGUGUUUAGUGUAAUAUAGGAAUAUUAGGACUUCUUAACUGAGGAUCAGGUUCCGAAUUCAAAACUAAUUAAAUUAUUUAAGAAAGAACGCUUAGCAUCCAAUUAUUAAAGCAUAUUUGAAGAGGCUCUUAAAGUAGCAAAUAGUUAAAAGAAGUUGCUGUUCACAAUAUGGGACUUAAUUGAUGUUUAAAAAUUAGAGCCUUAUGUUGUUUAUUCUAAACCUAGUAUGCUUAUAUCUCCUAUUAUGAAAUUUUAACAUAUUAUGUGUUGGUGUAAAUACCAAAUAAACGAAUUUAAGAAAAUAUCAUUAUUUUCUACUUCUGAAAGAUUGAAAUUAACUGAUUAAGCAAUAAAUAACAUGUUCUAAUUAAAUGAUUUGAUUAACCAAAAGGUUGUAUCAUAAUUUUUUUGUGUUAAUGAUCAUUAUGAAUUAUUUGGACACUUAAGUUCUAAUUAAAACGAUUUGAUUUUAGAGGAUGAUUUUUAUAGGAAAAAGCUGUAUCAUUUGGAAUUUGAGUGGGCAUUCAAUAUUUAGAAGCCUUGGAGUGCUCCGAUUGUUCUAAUUUGUGAUUAUUACGGUUAGAAGAUAGGUCUCUACUUUUAUUAUUAGACUUAUUAUACCAAGAUGUUACUUAAGAUAGCCUUUAUUGCAUUAGGCUGUAAUUUGGUGUAAUGGGUUAUUUAGGAUGACAAAUCAGAUUUAACUUACUUGUUGAGAAUUAUCUUUGCCUUUGUUUAAAUUUAGUGGACUAAUUUGUUUGUUGUGAUUUGGUAGAAAUAACAAAUGAUCUUCAAUUUAUAAUUUGGUUAAUCGGGAAAGGAUGAGAUUUAGGUUCAGAGAAGUAAUUUUAUUGGAAAGCAUAGAAGAUCGGUAGAGAAUGAUUAGAUGAAUAAUGUUGGAAUCAAUGAACUCGAGUUAUAUUCGAGGAUGGUUUUAGCCACACUGAUUUUGAUGUUAUUAAUUCUUCUAUAUUGUGGAAUAGUUAUUUGUCUUUAUAUUCUAACAAUUGCAUUAAAAUUGAAGAUGUAGGAGGAUAAAACAAUAAGAGAUGCCACUUUUGAAGUUAUGGUCACUGCCACUAUUAACAUUGUGAUAAUCUAAUUUUUGGAUAGAGUUUACAAUAUUAUAGCAACCAGAUUGACUGAUUUUGAAAAUUAAAAGACAGUUAAAGAUUAUGAAGAGAGUUUUGUUACUAAAAAAUACAUUUUGUAUUUCAUAUCAUAUGUGGGUCCCUUAGUAAUUAUAGCAUUUUUGAAUGAACCAUUUAAUCUUUACUGUAAGGCUACCAAUUGCUAAGAGCAUAUCCAGUAUCAUUUUGCCACAAUGAUUAUUUGGGUAUUCUUUUUCAAGACUGUCAAAAUAUUUCAACUGAUAAUCAAUGUCAAAAAGAUUCCUAUUUUCAAAUACAAAUUUGAAGAAGUGAGCAUCUCCAAAUACGUUUAGGAGUAAUCUAAUCGUAGAUCCUAUGCAAUCAGUCAAGAAAGAUAUGGAACUUUAGAAGAUUAUAUGGAGAUAUUUUUGUAGAACACACUUCUCUCAAUAUUUGGCUAUAGUUUUCCAUUUAGCUUCUUUCUUUUAUGGGUGUAAAACAUCGCAUAGAUGCAGGCUGACAAAGCAAAGUUUGUGUAUUUCUUGUAAAGACCUUGGCCUCAAAAUAAUUCAUCACUAGGUGUUUGGAAUAAAAUAUUAGAACUGAUUAAUUAUGUUUGCAUUUUAACAAACACCGGUCAAAUGACUAUGGAAUAUAAUAGAAAGUAUGGCUAUGAGAUUUUGAUGGUGUAUUUGAUGUUUCUGAUUUUUAAUUUUUUUAUGAACUUCAUAAUGAAUGGAACAUUUGGUUAGAUUCCUUAUGAAUUGGGUCUAUUUAUAAAUAGAUAGAAAUAUCUAAUAAAAAAUACAAUUGAAUAGUUUUCCAAGAAUUAAUCAAGUGGAUAGUAAUCAAAAUAAGAUGUUUUAAAAAGAUUUCCAAUUUUUAAAAUAUUUUCAAGUGUUUAUGAUCAACAAUGUGGAGAUUUUGAAACUGUAAGUUCAGAAGAUGAUCUAGAAAGUCAUUAUGAUUUAAAUUAAAUGAAAUUCUUAUGCAAAACAGAUUUCAAAAAAGAAUAGACAACUAAAAAGUAAGUAGUAAAUGAUAAGUCUAAAAAGCCUGUUGUUACUUAAGAGAAAUAAAUGCUAAAACAGAAGAUGAAUGAAUUGAAAUAAAGAGACAUGUUAAAAGAAUAAGUUAUGUCUGAUCAAGUUAUGUUAAAUUACUUCAUAAAGAGAAAGUUUAAUUGGGCAUUUGAAAUCAAAUCUUGGAAAAGACAUUUCCCUAAGAAAUUUCUAAAAUCAGUGCAUUUUCUAUAUUAAAAAUAGUUGUUAAAUCAACACAGAAUCACUUGGUGUGAAUUAAGAGUAUCUUAAAGAUGUUUAUACAUUAAAAGGAAGACAUCAGUGUUGAGACAAUUAGAAUUAAGAAAAUUAAUUGUGUUUAAAAGAAAUGAGAAAAAAGUCAUUGAGUAAUACAAAGAAAAGGCUAAAAGUAAAUUUAGAAAACAAUUCAAAAUGCUUGAUCCAAAGAGCAAAAGACUAGAGGAAAUUCAGGAGUUGGAAGCAUUAUAGAAGAAAUUCGAUACAUAUGUGAAUAAGCAUGUUUGGCUAGACAGUACAAAAGUAGUUAUAAUAAAAAUGAAAGGCAUUUGGUUUAGUCAAUACCGUAAAUCAAAUGUGAAAACAAGAUCAUUGAGCAUGGUCAAAGACUUCUUUUUUAAGACAAAGUUGAUUGACAAGCUAAAAGGAGAUUCUGGUUUGCAAGAUCAAAUAGAAUCUGCUUUAGGUGAUCCUCAUAAAUUGGAAUAGAUUUCUUUGGAUUCAUUUAUCAAAGCCUUUUGGUCUUUAGGGAUGACUUCCAAAGAUCAAUUUGAAGUUCCUUUAUGUUCAAGAGAAUUAAAUAUGAUGGAUUAUUACAAAAACAAAAAGAAAUCUGAAGUUUACAUUCACAUUGUGGAUAGAUUCAGAGAUACUUAUGUAUUCGACUAUUAAUAUCAAAAAUUGCAAGAAAUCAUGAUGCAAUAUUUGGAAGAGGAGAUGUUUCCUAUUGAAUCCAUUAAAUUAUAAAGACAAUUGAGUGAAACUGUUUGGAUUUGCACUGAUAAAAAAAACAAAUAAUGUUUAAUCUAAUUUUUAUAGAUUCGACAUGAAUAACAAUUAAAAAUGAAUGUUGAUUGCAAUAUUAACUCUGGUGUAUUUUAUGUAAAAGCAUAUCCUUAAAUCAGACUAUCCAAUAUUGUUGAUUAAAUUGAUGAUUUCUAUAUUAAAGGUUACUGUAUAUUUAAGUAUGAGAUAUUGUCAUAGUACACCUUAAAAUCACUCUAUAGUUUAGAAUACUCUUUGACUGAUUUGCAUGAAUUUUUACAUGCGAACUUGAUUCUAAUAAAAUAAUAGAGUCAUGGAAAUCUAAAUAUUAAUAAUUACUAUCUUUAUGGUAGGAGUUACGUCUUAUUGUAAUCAAACAAAGAAGAAAAUGACCUAAUCAAUUUAGCAUAAGUAGUAAUUGAAAUGAUCCUGUUGCAUCCAGUCGAAAAUGCAGUAAAAGGCUACUAAGAACUAUAUACUCUGCAUUCCUUACGGCCAAUCUUAAUGAUAAUGAUAUAUGAAUCACCGACUAUUGAUGAAAUAAUUGAGAAAUUGAUUAGCAAGCACUCUUUUAUGGAGUAUAAUAUCAAUCAAGACGAUCGACAUAAAUCAAUAAAACAAGAAGAUACUAUUCUUGGAUAGUUGGCAUUAGCAACCCAUUAAAUAAACUUAAAUUUUCGUAUGAAAAAAUAUGAAGAAACCCUCUCUGAAAUUAUUAUUAUUGAAAAAUUUUUAAUGUAAAAAAAGUUUGAAGAAAACUAAGAAUUCUUAGACUCGUUUCUCACUUAUUUAAUAGUUAAUCAAAAUAGAAUCAUCUCUAAAUAAUCUGAAAUUAAACUAUUACAAAAUAUUUUGUUGAUAAUCUAUAUUAAACUAGCCACUCUACUGUAGAUGAGAAAAAACUUUUAAUUUGAAAUGGAAUAAUUAUACCAUUCCUUAACUCGAUCUAUUGACAAUAUUGAUGAUUUAAUCAAAUAGCUUAGUUUAAAUGUCAAAUUAGAACAAUUGAGCACCACUGAAUAAAAAAUCUUAUUAAGACGAAAACAGACCAGAUCCAAAUCCUAAAUUGAUUUACAAGCUGCUGAUAGAAUGAUUUUAAUAAACAAAAUAAGAAAGCAUCCAAACUACAUCAAAGUCAUUUGUUAACUUAAAAAAGAAUUAUAGAGGUACGCUUUAUAAUUGCAGGCUUUACAUUCUAUCUACUUAUAUUUUAAUAAGAAUUUUUUAUAUUCUGCAUAACUAUUAGAAAACAUUCAGAAGAUCUAAACUGAAAUAAUUCAUCAGGAUCAUAAAAUCUAAUUAGUGGUUGAGGAACCUUAGGAUCUUAGUCCAAGUCAAUUUAACUUUGAUUAAUAAUCUCCUACUUUAGAUGCUACACUAAAGUAAUAUCAGGAAAAUGCAUUUGAAUUACAAAAGGAAUUUUAUGAAUCUCCCAAUUAUUGUUCUUAGUUACUUUUUUAUAAGUAUUUACAACUAUUGGUUUGGUAUGAUGGGGGCAAAGAAACUUUUUAAAAUGAUUGCAUAGAUUUCAUUUAACAUUAAAUUUAAUCACCAGUUUAUGAUUACUUCUGCUCCCAAUUAAAAGUGAUGUAGAAAUCUGAAUUGCCAAUGGAAUACAUGGAAUCUAAUAAGACUUGUCAAAUUGGUAAAUUUAUUGUUGUUAAAAUGAAUAAAUGGAUAGAACAAACUUAUUUAACUCCAUCAAACUAUGAACCAUCCAACGAUUUCUAAUUCAAUUGGAAAUAAGUAUUAACCUAUAGCACAAUAGAAUAAUCUUUAGAAAAUCGACUAUUCUUAAGCAAAAUAGUGGGAUAGCAAAAAUUGGAGCAAGCUUAUUUAUUAUACGAAAUUAGAGCAAUUCAUCAAAUAUUACAUCUAGAUAAUUAUAGACCAUUAGAUAAUUCAAUUAAUCUCUAAAAUUUGGAUAUAUCUAAUUUAAACCAUGAAUUUUUAAAGACCAGUUUAAUUGUCAGACUUAAGACAUUACAUAAUGAAAUAUCAAUAGAAUCUAAUUCUUGGUUUCAUAGUACAGGAUUGUUAUAAUUUAGAGUAUUCUAUUUCUAAUCUUUAUGUUUCACAUUUUCUAGGAAACAUUUCGAAAAUAUGUGUUGUGAGUCCAGCAAUCUUUUAUAUUUAGCUGAAAUAGCAUUACAAUAAAUAUCAUAUGAUCAUUAAAAUGAUGUGCAUCGCUUGAAGGCAUUUCAAAUAUUAUAAAGACCUUAUUCAUUAUUUGAAUUGAAAUCUAAUGUGAGGCCAAACUAAAUUAAUUAAAUAGUGAGUGCAUUUUUCUUUGUGUCUCAAAAUUAUAGCAUGUAAGAAAAGGAGUAAUACUUUAAAAAUAUACUUGAUUUAUAUGGAGAAUAAGUAAAGCCUUCUUUGGUAGUGUUAGCAUUAAUCCAUUUUUACAUAUCUAAAGGAUAGAAGGAAAUUGUUCAAUUAGUAGUUAAAACAGCAGUCAAAUUAAUUCAUUUAGACGCAUAACUUUUCUAAAAUGCUCAUCUAUCUUUUGUGGAUGACUUACAUAUAAGUUUACUUGAAUGUAAUUAAGAUGUGGUUGAGUAUCUAUACCCCUAUGAUUGUUUAUUUAAAAGAACAAUAGACCUUCGAUCUUUCUCAUUAAAUCAACAAAUUUUAAAUCUCAAAUAUCUAAUUUACAAUUAGUUUUUUCAUUAAGAUGCAGAUUUCAAUAUUGACAUAUUGGAAGAUCAUCUGAAAAUAUUUGCUACUUAUCCUCAUUUAAUCAAAUUGAAGAAUAUUUACUAAUUGUACAUAUCAGUACAGAAAUCGAUUAAGGGCGAAGCUCCAUUUGAAGAAAUUGAUAUAUUCCUUAAAAUGUAAUUUGAAAACGUAACUGUUUAUUCUUCAAUAAUAAAGAGUCUUUUGGCAAGAUAUCACACAAACUUGAAGGAUUAUGAAGAAGCAAAACCAUUGCUUGAAGAGCUAAUCUCAUUUCUUUACACUAUUUAAAUGAAAUCUAAUUUUAUGCUGUAUGUUGAUAAAGCUAAUUAUAAAAUUUACAAUAACAUGCCCAUUUUCAAGAUGCUUUUUGAUGUUUAAUAAUUAGAGAUACUAACAGAAGAUUCUGAUAAUCUAUAUUACCAUUUAAUUGAUGAGUAAUUUAUAUAAGAAACAAUCAUAAAUUAUUUAGAAGUGCUAGCUAAUAUACAAAAUGAUAAAAUCAUUCUGCCAAGUAUUCAAACUAUACUUUCAUUUUUCUUUUAAGUUAGAAAUUUUUAAACUCAACAGAAUCUAUUUAAGGUAUUGUCUUAGAUCUUUUUGUGUUAUUCAUCUCCUAUUGGAGUGGAACUUGUGCAAGAAUAGAUAGGAAACUCAUAUGAGUUAUAAAUACAAACUUAUGUUUAAUAAAGAAAUUAGUUGAAGGAGAGGUUAAAUCAUUUGUUCCUGAUCAAAUAAUUAAGCAUUGAGGAAAGUAAUAGAAUUAAUUCUCAAAUCAAUCUGUAUAAUUUUGCCAUAGGAAUUUAUGAAGGGAUUAGUAAAGGAAUCACCAACAAAACAUUACUAACCUGGAGUAUAUCUGCUUCUGAAAAAGCACUUAUUGGAUUCAGAAUAGUGAGCAAGUCAUUUCAGAGAUAGACUCAUUAUCAGAUUCCAGACAUACAUCUGAUCUUAACUGACUGCUUUAUUUAAUUGGAGUAAUUGUCCACGAUCAUAUUUCACUUGGAAGCAGCGGAAGAUGAAUUAAUGAAUUGGUUUAAAUAGAACAAACACCCCCUGAAGGCUCAUUUUCUAAUGAAAUAAGGGGCUCUCAGACCUUGGAUAUAGGAAUAAUACGUCUUGUAUAUAUCAUGGAUGAAUGAACUGCCUCGAUUAAACAGAUUAAAUAUUUUCACCGUCAUCAGAGGGUUAUUACUUCAAAAUAGAAAAUUGCUCUAAAUAUUUGAGUAGAAUAAUUAAGAUCUGAUAAAUCUAGAAAUCAAUCUUCUUUUAUAUCUCAAGGGGUUGGAUGAGAGUUAAUAAGUUUAUGUCGACAUUUUUCAAUUAUGCCAAAGUAAUGAUCCAGAGAUACUGUUAAAGCAGGUGACUACAUUAUCAGCUUUCGAUUUUAAUGGAGUAAAUAUUUUAAUGGAUGCUUAAGCAAUAUUUUAAACUUUCAAUUAAAAUAAUUGUUUCACUUAAAAACUUUAGAUAAUGAUAGAUUAAUAGAUUUCAUAAUAAAAUAUUUGA